GGAAGGAUACGGUAGUUUUGUGUAAUACAGCUGUUUGGAGCAUUCUCAACCACGAAGCCAUUGGCGCGCCGUUGAACUAUCAUUGGUGCAUACAUGUGAUACGCCUGUUGGCUAAGUCACAGAUAAACGACCAUUUAUUACCCAAGGAUCUACAUUUAGCAAUUACAAAUCCCCGGUCCAUUCUGGAGUUUAUAAAAUGUUUAAAUUUUUCAAGAAACAUCCUCCGAAGGAGGGGGAGGAAAGAGAAAAAUUGAAGAAGGAACUUUUCGGUUUUAAGAAGUGUACUGAUCAUGGAUUCAUCAGUAAACCAAGUGCUAUGGCCUACGACCCCAAACUUCGUCUACUGGCCGUUGGAUCUAAAUCUGGAGUAUUGAAAGUACUAGGUUCUCCAGGAGUAGAAUUCACAGCACAACAUGAUCAAGAUGUCACAGUUGUCCAGUUAUUUUUCUUACCAGAACAGUCUCGAUUAGUGAGUUUUUGUAGUGAUAAUUCUUUACAUCUUUGGGAGACGAAUGUACGAGGUGGUAAAACAGUGCUAGAAGAAAUUAAAUCUUACAAUGUUGAAACCAGUAAAACUAAGUCUGUUUCUACAUGUUGUCUAUCGGUUAAUGGUGAACAGUUAUUUCUCGGUACUGAAGGUGGUAAUAUACAGAUACUGGAUGUCAAAGACUUCUCACUCAGUGAACAAGUCAUAUACCAAGAUGUUGUUAUGCAGAAUGUUCCAGAUGAUUUUAAAGUUAACCCUGGAGCAGUUGAAGCCAUUGCAGUACAUCCUACCAAUCCAGAUAAGUUUCUGAUUGGCUAUAAUCGUGGUUUAAUAGUAUUAUGGGAUAAUAAGGAAAGUAAUGCUAAUCAGACUUAUAACGUGUCACGGCAACUAGAGAGUUUAACUUGGCAUCGCAACGGAACAGAAUUUACAUCUGCUCAUUCCGAUGGUAGUUAUAGUAUUUGGAGUGUCAGUGAUGCAUCAAAAGCCAAGGAAGAACAAACUCCAUACGGACCAUUCCCUUGUAAAGCCAUUACCAAAUUAGAACGUAAAACGGCCAAAGCCGAUCCAUUCCUGAUAUUUUCUGGUGGUAUGCCGAGAGCUAGUUACGGUGAUAAACAUACCGUUACCGUGAUGCAGGGAGAGAACCACACUGUAUUUGAUUUUACAUCAAGAAUUAUAGAUUUUAUUAUUUUAUCAAGAGCUGAUGAAAGCGAUACUCCAGAUGAUCGCUCAGAUAAUGAUGAACCCCACAGUUUAGUUGUAUUAGCAGAAGAAGAAAUAGUAGCUAUAGAUCUUGAUUCUGUCAACUGGCCGACGUUCAGACUACCAUAUUUAAACAGCAUCCAUUCCUCCGCUAUCACUUGUUCUCAACAUAUCGCAAACGUUCCAGAUCAGCUAUGGCAGAAGAUUAAUGAUGUAGGAGAGGCUCAAUUAAAGAACUUUUCACCCAGGACAUGGCCUAUUAAUGGAGGUAGAAGUUUAUCUAAAGAUCCAACCAGUAAAGCUAUUUUAUUAACUGGACAUGAAGAUGGUACCGUACGAUUCUGGGAUGCCUCUUCAUCCAAUCUACGAUUAUUAUAUAAAUUAACAACCGUUUCAUAUUUUGAUAUAUCGGCUGGCGAUCAGAAUUCAGCUGAAGAGGAAGAGGAAUGGCCUCCAUUCAGAAAGGUUGGAACUUUCGACCCAUACAGUGACGAUCCUCGUUUGAGUAUACAGAAAAUCACCCUUUGUCCCCUGAGUGAAACCCUAGUCAUUGCCGGCACGGCUGGUCAAGUCAUAACUUUCCAGAUGGAGCGAGAGGAACGAGAACAGGAAGUUAAAUCGACCACUGUCAACAUAGUAAGCGAUCGUGAUAGCUUUGUGUGGAAGGGACACGAAGCUCUCGUACCCAAGGAAGGGGAUGUUAAGUUUGCUGCAGGAUUUCAACCAAUCGCAAUGAUGCAGCUUUAUCCACCAGCAGCUGUCACAGCCCUAGCUUUACAUUCAGAAUGGCAGAUAAUUGGUGCGGGAACAGCUCAUGGUUUUGGGUUAUAUGAUUAUGUUCAAAAGAAAGAAAUUAGUUCACGAUGUACACUUAAUCCUACAGAUUUAACAGGAACAUCAGAAACGGCCAUGUCUAGACGAAAAUCUUUAAAGAAAUCUUUACGUGAAUCAUUCCGUCGAUUACGCAAGGGCAGGUCUGAACGCAGAGCUAGGGAUGCUAAAGCUAAAACUGAAACCCAGCAUAUUGAGCAGGCAGCAGAAACAGCUGAAGGAGCCACAGCAGCACCAGGUACUCCUGAACAUAAACCCGUAGAACGUCAAAUAGAGGCAAGGAGUAACGAAGAUUCCAUGUGCUCUAUGGUUAGAUGUAUUUAUUUCGCAGACACAUUCAUCGUUAAUGGUGCUCCACACAAUCCAUCGUUAUGGGUCGGAACAAAUGGUGGCCAUGUCUACAUUUACAAUCUUACUGUACCAGCCAGUGAUAAACGUUCAUCAGAUGCUGUCGGAUGUCAACUAGCGAAAGAAAUUAAAUUAAAACAUCGGGCACCCGUUAUCAGUAUGGCUGUUAUUGACAGUCGAGCGAGGAUUUUACCAGAACCGUUAGAAGUACAGAAUGAACGAGCGAAGGCAGCCGAUAUGGUUGGACCACACAGUGUUAUUAUUUGCUCAGAGGAACAAUUAAAGACAUUCACAUUACCAGCAUUAAAACCAAAAUGGAAAUCUAAAAUCACAGCCCAAGAUGGCUCCCGUAUUAGAAGAAUAGGUUUUGUUAAUUUCAGAAGUAAAAGUGCUGAUAACUAUAGUGAGUUUGAUAUUGCAUGUUUGAGUAACUUGGGUGAAAUAUUAGUUUAUGCUGUAACAACAUUACGACAACAGAUGCAUGUUACUGCCAUCCGUAAAGAAGACAUCAAUGGUAUUGCAUCAUUUAUAUUUACAAAAGAUGGUCAAGCAUUUUAUCUGAAAUCAUCAUCCGAGUUUGAUCGUAUUACAUUAAGUCCGAGACAUGUGACAUGUGCUCUUGGUAUGUUGGAUCUAAAAGAAGGAAUGAGACCAGAUCCUGACCCAGAAGCAGAUAACCCAGCUGACGAGAACGAUGCUAAUUACAGCACGGCAGAUAUAACGAUAGGAUUAGCAGACGACAGUCAACAUAACGAUUCACGAGGAGAUACCACCGGAGAUAUUACAGUGGACAGUAUACGAGACCUAGCUGCCGAGGGCGAAGACACAAUUACAAACAUGGUUACGAAUGCCAGCAAUGCCGCAGCAAACGAAUCGUCCAACGUCAUUCAAAGUGUAACGACAUAUUCAUCUACUGUCAUGUCGACCAUGGAGUCUAGUGUGACGUCAAGUGUCCGCGAAGUGACGACAUCAUUCUCACGACAUCAAUCUAGUGAUGUGCAGGAAACGACGAGUGGAGGAGAUAGCGGAGGAGGAGGCAAUGAUGGGGGCAGUGGAGAUACGGGGGGAGGAGAACCCAACCUGAAAAAUAUUGAUGAUGAUACAAAAGCCACGGUUACCAAGACGAUAGAGACGACUGAAGUAACGGAGAAAAUAACGGACCUUAAAUUAUCCGAAGAAAAGAAGAUCAUGAACAAUGGUGACCCGGUCAAAACUGUUUUAACGGAGAAUUAAAAUUAUGUUUGAUCGGCCAAUAAUUGCCAGUAUUGAAAACUCCAGAAAUAUGUCAGGAUUCGUUUUAAAUCUAUGAAUUAAUUUUGCGAAUUUUCACUUUAUUUAACUAUAGUGCAACAACUAUUGUGUUUAAAUAUACUUUCCAGUGCUCAGUAAUAUUUUAAAACUUAAAAUUUUUAACCGACAUUGUGAUUGCGAUUAAUUCGUUCAUGUUUGCGAUGUCUUCUGAAUGUGCUUACCCGUUCGUUCUGCCUUUUGGUAUUGAAAACGUAAUAUAUGUUUAAAUAUAUAUAGCAAGGUGAAGGCCUUUGAAGUUUUUCUGGCCUAUGGCUCAUUUGUCGAUUCAUCAAAUCUAUAGAUUACGGUUUAUAGACAGAAAAAUCUGUAAAAAAAUGUAGAAAUUUGCUACAUCAAGAAAUAGCGUAUUAAGUAUUUUUGACACAAAUAGUUUUCCAUAUGAUUUGAUUAUUCGACUUGCGCAUCUGUUUACUCAAUUUAUGUAAUCUUGGAGUUAUCUCCCUUAGUGCAAUGAAACUUAGAAUUAGUGCAUUCAUGUCAAUCAUCAUAUACUCAUCAUCUCAUUGGUUCAUUUUUAAAAAGGGGGCGGGGUCAUUUGUUUUUGUUUGUGUGUUACGUUUAAAAUCAUGAGUCGAUUAUACAGUGAUGUUCAUUGGUCAGAUGAGAAUUGUCAUAUUUUUUUUUUUAAAAUAUGGAGGCUAAAUUUUAAAUUAUAUUUUUUUUUGUGCAUGUCUUUUAAAAAUACCAACCAAACCCAUAAUUAAAUGAUUUUAUAUUUUUAAUUAGGACAUGUCUGAUUUUGUAUUUAAACUGGAAGUUCCCUGGGCUGCUUAAUUCGUUCAUUUAGUUUGUCAGAGAAAAGUGCACCCAAAUUGGCUUGAAACAUUUCCUAAUGAUUUCUGCUUUCAUUCACUGCGGGGUUGUACAUUGUAGAAGGUGUCGACAGUGAUAAAGAGGCGUGUUCAGUUAGUAGCCUAACGGUUGAUUGAGACCCUUGUAUUUUUAGUAUUUAGUGUUUUUGUAAAUUGUAUGCAAAUAUAAUUGUGAUGUAGGGACUCUUCAAAUCAUUCUUGCAUUUUAUUUUAUCGAAUUGGGGGACUUAUUCAUAAAAUUUUAUACUAAAAUGUUGUAAGAAAGCUGCAUUUUCAUUGGCCGAAAGCUAAAAUUUGUACUAGGAUUUUUGAUUCUCAGCCAAUGAAAUUAUUGAAUUCUUAAUGUUAGAAGAUUUUUUUGAAUAACUCCCCUGUCAUUAUAUCUUGGGGUUGUAUGUUAAAGUUAUUUUGGAGUGAUUUAUGUUGGAUUAUGAGAUUACAGAAACACAACUAACAUCAAUUUAAUUCUUUAAAUAACAGGUCACAUCUUCAAGUUAAUGAUAAAUAUCCAUCUAGUCGGCCUAUUUAUACAUAUUUUGGCUUACACCUAAUUAAUAAUCAGAAGAAAUAAAUUAGAAGCACGAUGUCAAGGCUAGCCUUCGAUGUUGGCUGGAUUAGAUUCCUAUAUGCCGCUAACGGCCGUUGAUAAUUAAAUCAGAAAAAGUGGAUAAUCGAGACUAUGCUGUUUAUAUUAAUGAUUUUAGUAAUGAUGACCGAGACUAUGCAAAAAUUUCACCCGCUUCUUUCUCGGCUCAUAGUGGAUCAAUUUGACUGAAAUUUUCAGCAAAUUACCUUUACACUAUCUAGUUUUUAACUAUUAUAGCGAGAACUGCCAUCUCUUUAUCUUAUCUCCCAUAAUGUAUCUUUAAGUGGGUGAAAGCCAAAAUAUGUAUAAAUAUUCUGACUAGAUGGAUAUUUAUCAUUUAUUAAAACGUGACCUGUAUAUGUUAUGAAACGUGGUCGUCGUUAUUAAAUAAUAGAGAAGUAGUUAUAUCCAUAUAUACCUUGUGUUUUGUUAUGAAUAAAUUUAAUUACAGUAUGUGGGAAUGAAUAUAAUUUAGUUAAUUGUCUUUAUAUCAAUUUUGCAUUCCAUAUCCCAGAUCUGAACUCAGAUCACUCCAAAACAAAUUUACAAGUUCUGCAACUCAGUUUUAUUUUCAUCCAUUUGAGAAAAACAGACUAAACAAUUUUUGCAUUUAUUACAUGAAAACAUUACACUUAAAAGAUUGAGACAAAAAAAAACCCAAACAUCAUCCAUUGUAUUAUUGAGAAAAAAAAAUCCCUUUGUAUUUAUGAUCUUGAAACUUUUACUUGUGGAUUUAAAACUUCUGUGAUUCCGUUAAAUUUUGAAUCUGAUUCCGUUAAAUUUUGAAUCUGAUUCCGUUAAAUUUUAAACCAACAGGUACAGGUUUUCUUGUAAAGUAUAUAUUUUAUGGAGAAACAAAUCAGCCAAAAUGUUGUUUCUUUUGAGGUAAUAUAUUAGGCAUUUUGACAGCGAUGUUUCUCCAUAAAAACAAACUUUGACUUUUGACACAGUUCAUAUUGUUCUUUAGUACAGGGAAAAGAUUAAAUUAUGGAAAUAUAUAACAAAAUAUUUAUUAUGUCGGCAUUACUAUUUAUUAAGUUCAGCUCAAAAAAGAAAUAAAUUUCAUAUUUUCAUGUAGUCAGUGAAAUCCAUGCUCAAUUUGUGUUUAAUUUUUUUUUUUUUGUUUCGUGUCCCAGCUUUUUGAGGCCUUAAUGUAUGCUUUUUAAAUCAGUGUGUUGUCAGAAAAUCAUCAAUGCAUUGUUUUUGUCAAGUUUUGUUCAUGUCAUGAAAAAAAAAAAAAUGUUUCUAAAAACACAGAUUUAUCAAAUCAUUUUAAAAAACUUUUUAUUCAUCUUUUAUAAGUUCACACAAUUUUUAUGAUAUGAACAUCGCAAUAAAAUUUUAUGUGUACGGUCA